AUGGCUCGUAAGGGAGAGAGGGUGAAGAUCCAGCGGAUCACGGACGAGAAGAGGCGCAAGGCGACACUUAGGAAGCGCCUCCCCAUUGUUGUCAAGAAGGCCAGGGAGCUCUCUAUCCUCUGCAACAUCCCCGUGUGUCUCAUUGCGUACCGCCCAGGUGACGCCCGGCCGGUGGUCUGGCCAUCACCGGAGGCGGCCUCCGCUGUCGUGCGCCGGUACAGGGACCUACCGGAUUUGGAUAGCUGCAAGAACAAUCUGGACAUCAUCGAUUUCCUCAAGCAGAGGAACCAAAAGGUAAGAGUGAAGCUGUCCAAUGUCCAGAGGCAGACCCGCGACGUGGAGAUCAACCUCGUCCUGUUCGACUUCCUCGCCGGUCGCCGCAAAAGCUUCGACGACCUGCCUAUUGACAUCGUCACCGCCGUCGGAUCGAGGGUGCAGGAUAAGCUCCAGGCCGUCAAGGCGCGCCUCCAGGAGCUCCGGUCGGCUGCGGCACCCGCGUUGCUUCCACCACCUCCUCGUGAACCCGUGGACGUGCCAAUGGUUGAUUCUUUGCCCAUGGUGCAGCCACACAAUGGUGGCUACCGCGAGCUGCUGGACGGCAAUAGCCUCUCUACCACUGAGGAAAUGCAUGCCCUCUUCGUGCAGGCUGGGAUAUUUUCCCCACAGGUGCCGACCCAAGCUCCCUAG